UCAGAAGUGGCUGACAUUUAAAUGGCCGAUAGUCGCUUUGUUACAGCUCUUCUCUUUUAGGAUUCCAAGAAAAAAAAUAAAAAUUAAAUUAAAAAUUUAAAAAUUUUAAAAAAUCUCAAUGUAAAGAGGGAGGAGAGAGAAUGGAUGGAGUUGCGUUUGGCAUCAUAAUCGUCAUCUUCGUGCAUCGUUUGUUUCAUCACCAUUGAAGACAUCUGCAAGCGCCCCAAUUCUUAGUCUCCUUUCCCUGUUUUCCAAUUUUCUCUCCAAAUUCUUCUCAUUAGCUUUUUAUUUAUAUCUUCUUUUUCUGUUGUUAUUCAAAAUGGUGUUUCGUAAGAAGCAGAUACAGAUCUUGCUGGUUUUGUUACUGGUUUUACUCUUCUGCACGAAUCUAUGCUUUUGUAGUGGAUUCUGUGCGUCGCCGGUGCAUGAUCAUUCCCAUGGACACCACCACCACCAUCACGACUGUCACCAUCAUGAGGAUAAUCAUGUUGCUCAAUCGAUUGAAUCGAAGAUGCCUGAGGAAUUGGCGGAGGAGGAAGAUAUGAGGCUUUACGGAUUUAGUAACUACCAUUUUCAUGAUCACCAUCACAGUCACAGUCAUGAUCCUGAUUUGAAACUCACUGUUCUAGGUCUUUGGUUACAUGCACUGGGAUGCUCACUUUUGGUGAGCUUAGCUUCACUUAUCUGCCUGAUUAUCUUGCCAGUCAUGUUUAUACAAGGAAAACCAUCAAAGGGAGUUGUUGAUUCAUUGGCUUUAUUCGGGGCAGGAGCUAUGUUAGGGGAUGCUUUUCUUCAUCAGUUACCACAUGCCUUUGGUGGUGAUCACUCUCACUCUCACGACCAUGGUGCUGACCAUUCUCAUCAUGCUCAUGUUGGAGAUGGGCACUCACAUGCCCAUUCUUUGAAAGAUCUUUCUGUUGGGUUGUCUGUGUUGGCUGGCAUUAUACUUUUUCUUCUUGUAGAGAAGCUGGUUAGAUAUGUUGAAGAUAACUCUGAUGGAGCUUGGGCACACAGUCAUGGCCAUCACCACCACCGCCACCAUCAUCAUAAGAGCAAUAAGAAAUUGAAAGAUGAUGAUGAUGUUAACAAUGUGAUGCAGUCACAAACUCCCAAAGACACUGAAGGAAAAGUGUUGGAUGAAGUUUCAGAUAACUCUUUGAAUGGGGAUAAUUUGACUGGAAAUGAAUCUCUUCUUCGGAAGAGAAAGUCUACUCUUGACGGCAAGGAUGGCAUAUCCGAUGCCAAUGCUACUGAUGGCUCUACCAGUGCUGAAAAAUCCUUGAACAAAGAGGAAGUUGCUCAGGCACCAUCAAACCUGGUGUUUGGCUAUCUCAAUUUGUUUUCUGAUGGUGUUCACAAUUUUACUGAUGGAAUGGCUUUAGGAAGUGCAUUUCUGCUUUAUGGAUCUAUUGGAGGAUGGUCUAGAACCUUAUUUUUGCUUGCACAUGAACUUCCUCAGGAGGUGGGAGAUUUUGGAAUUCUUGUAAGAUCUGGUUUUAGUGUAACUAAAGCCCUUUUUUUCAACUUCCUCUCUGCAUUAUUGGCUCUAGCAGGAACUGCAUUGGCUUUACUCUGGGGACAAGCUCCAGGACAAUCAUCUUUGAUCGAGGGAUUCACAGCUGGCGGCUUCAUAUACAUUUCUGUUGCUGGGGUGCUUGCAGAAAUGAACAACAGCAGCUCAACUUUUAGGAGUUCAGUAGUCCAUAUAAUUUCACUCGUACUGGGCAUGGCUGUUGCUCUUUGUAUCUCACUUGUAGAAUGAUAAUUUUAUUUAGAUGUGUAAUUCUAGCCCAAGUCAAAUGCAAAUCAGAUUCAUCUCCAUUUCUAGCCAUACAAAUGACCCCAUUGGUACUCUUGUAGAAUGAAAAAUAUUUUUGAUCUGUUCAAUCAUAGGAAAAGUUGAAUUCUGAAGGUACAAAGAUCAUCUAAUAUCAUUUUGAUGUGGCC